ACGGCUUGCUACGACCAGCGGAGCUUUGGAUUCCACAGCACGGGUGAUCGGCGAUCGCGUCUUAUCGAUACGCUUCCACAACAAUAACAUUUUUUGUUUUUCUGUUUCUUGCGAACCGAGAUAGUGUUUGUGUACGUACGUUUGUGUUGUUUAUUGUAGUUUUUGCUGCCGUUUCUCCUUCAACGAGAUACGUAUGACCGGUAAAUGUGGCACCGACCACACCAGCUCCAGCAGCAGCAGCAGCAGCAGCAAUGUGGCAGCGCGGACCACUGCUCACACCGACCCGGCGUCGUGCCCGACCGCUCCCUAGGCCUACCCAGCAUCAGGCGGCGAGCCCCCCCGUCACCCAAGAGAGCCCAUUUGCACUUUCCACCCCCACCUAAUUACCCGCCGCCCUUCCCGUGCCCCUCGACUUCGAAGAUGGCCGACGAGCCCUUCGUCAGCGUGCCGGGACCGUCCUCGCAGGCCGAUCCUCCUUGGCCCAACAUGGACUACUCGUACGCGUACUACGAGCCGGGACCCCCCACCAAGCACACCAACGUGCCCAGCAAGUACCUAGGGGCGUACAGGGAGGGAUCUUACAAGACUAGGCAUACUUAUCUCACCAGGUAUUUCUCUUUUCCAAACAAUGUCCCGAAAUAA